AUGAAUUUAAGACUUAAAAACUCUAGCUUUGUGACUAACAACAAUGAUAUCUCUAGAUUAAGAAGAGCUCGACUUAUUUAACCUAAUUAACAAUAAUCUAAGUCCUUAGCUAAUGUUAAAAUCAAUGUAUCUCCAGAACUUAAACAAAAGAAAUAGAAAACAAUUCAUCAAGAUGGUGUCUAAGAAGAAACCAUUAAGGAUUACAAAUAAAAUGAAAAAAACCAAUUUUGUAAAGCUAAAUUAUAAGAGUUAUUUAGUCUGAGAAAAAGCAGCUUAACUCCGUUAUUAAAAUAAUAAAUCAAUAGAUAGCAAACAAUAAUUAAGCAUUAGCCUGACUUUACAAAGUAACAGGAUUUAUAUGUUCGAAUUAGAAGGCAAAGCAUUGAAAAUCUUUAAACCUAAGAAAAAUAAAAGAAUUUUUUAUUAAGAUCAUCAUAGGAUUGCACCUAAAAGAAAAUAAUUUACACCAAUAACCUUAAAUCUACUAAUGGAAUUCCCCUCUUAAACAGAAGUGUUUCAUAAUUUACUUGUAUCACUCCAAAAAAAAAUGAAAAUGACUGCAUUAAUUAAUAAUAAAAGGAAAGUAUCAAAAGGUAAAAGUUCGAGGGGUUAAUCAAUUUAAUAAUUAAUAUGAACAUUGAGAACCUAGUUAUAGCUUUUAAUUCAAUCAAAAACAAAGCUCCUUUACUGCCUUUCAUAAAGGAACUUAAAAGGAGAAAGGAAGAUUUUCAACAGAAAAGGUUUUUUAUCUAAUUAGUUAAAGCAUAAUGA